AUGGACCCCAACGUUCCACCUCCAACCUAUGAAGAAUCUCAAGCUGCUAGCUAUGAACCUAUUGAUCAAUCCCAGAUUGAUGUUAUCUCAAAGAAUACAGUUAUAGAAGAUGGAGUAAACGAAGAAGGAAUUAAGAAAGAGAAGAAUACAAAUGUCAAUAAUCAACCUUUAAUAAACAAUCAUUCACCAAUAAUCACAACUCAACCUACAUCCGUGGCAGCAUAUACCGCUGUGGAUGGUGGAGGAACUCACGUGGCUGACGAUUCUUGUUGUACUUAUUGUUUAUGUUUAUCAGUAUCGUGGGACAGAUCUGUUUGCUGUCACUCUCCGCGAUGUUGUAGUUGUGACGAUUGCUGUGACGGCGAUGGUGACUGUGAUAAUUGCUGUGGAGAUUGUGGAGAUUGUUGUGACUGUGAUUGUGGUGGAAUGGAUUGCGGUGGAUGUGAUUGUGGUGGAUGUGAUUGUGCGUUUUAA